AUGGCCACCCAAUCUCUGUCAGCGGUAGUCCAAAAGCUUCACGACUAUGUGCAACAGGGUCCAACCGAUUUUGAAAUCACAAUUCUGCCGACCGUCAUGACCAAGGAAAUGGAAACGGACGAGCUGAGUUUGGACGAGUCCUUGGUGCUCAUGGAGGGUCAAUUUCUGGGGAUGGACGCUCGCAGUCUUCCUUGGAUGACACGAGUCAUUCGAAAGGACUACAAGGCAUUGAAAAAAAAAGCCAUUCUGCUGGAUGCAGCUGCUGGUGCUGCUGCUAAUGAUGGAUCAUCUACCUCUGCAAGUAGCAUGACAGAUGUCAACAACAAUGCUCUUCAUCAUCAUCAUUCCCAAAUCCUAAUGGCGACCAAUGCACUCAUGUUGGUGAAUCCCGAUCAUUCCACAGCCUGGGGAGAUCGUCGAAGGGCCUUGAUAGCAACGUCAGGAGAUUGGGUUCGUGAAAUGCAAUUCUUGAAUCUCUUGAUGACACAGCAUUCCAAAGCUCCAUCCUCUUGGGGUCACCGAAAAUAUGUGCUUCAGCAAAUAGUAAAGGCAAUAGUAGUAGUGAAGGAAAUAAGUGACGACUACGAAUCCAAGCUGGUGGAUUUGGUACACAAGGAGAUUGCCUUUUGUUCCAAGAUUGCCGACAAGUUUCCAAAGAAUUAUUAUGCUUGGACGCAUCGACGAUAUCUUUGGUCCUCUUGUAUACUGCCACAUCUACAGCAAUCCUACCAUGCAACUAUUAUCGUUUUGCUGAAUCAAGAGUUUGACGCACUGAAACUCUGGCUCGAGCAACACAUCAGUGACCAUUCGGCAGUGCAUUACCUUGGACAAGUAUUGGAAAUGCGACUACAACAACAACAAGACCAACAGCAGCAGCAACAUAUUCAAUCAUCAUCAUCAUCAUUGAACGACUUGUCGAUAUCCAUUGCUCACAAUAGCUUGAACCUUGCCAAUGCUCUAUUGAAGACACAUCCAGAUCACGAGUCACUGUGGAUAUUACGCCGAUUGAUGGUCCAAAUCUUGUUUCAGCAUGCCCAGCAACAUAGUGUCACAGAUUCUGCAAAAGUUGCCAUUCUUUCAAUGUUGGAAGAUCUGAUCGAUGAAGUAUGGACCAAGGCUCAUUUUUCUGAAAACAACAGAGACUACAAUAUUAGUGGUAUUACUUCUGUUUAUGCCUGGUCCUUUUUGGUGUGGUGCAUGUCCCAGUUGGGGCUUGGGGGCCAAGACAGACCAAAGAGACUCCUAGAUGGACUUGCCUUCCUUCAAUCAUCUGAGAAUAAAAGCCAUGUAUAUCAUGAAAUGUGGAAGACAAAUGGGGAGGAAAUACUGUUUGCAAAGUAG